AUGGAGCCUACAGCAUUACAAAAGAUGAAGAUGGGUGCUCUUAUGGGAGGCACAGUUGGCCUCUGCGUAGGUUUUGUUUUUGGAAGUGUCAGCUUGAUUAGAUUUGGCAGUGGAACUAAGGGCCCUGUAACAUUACUCAGCCAGUACAUGCUUGGAUCAGCUGCAUCAUUUGGAUUCUUCAUGUCUAUCGGUUCAGUCAUUCGCUCUGAGGCUCAUCCUAAUGCUAUUCAAUGGCAAUCUCAGACAAAAUUACCUGUCGUUAUUAAUGAAAGAAACAAGUCUCUUUAA